AUGCACGGAAGUGGAGUCACACUAAGCUUCCCAGUCUCACAGUCUUGUGCCAGCAGCAGUGCAGAGACUUGUCUCUUGACAGCUGCCUGUAAGAUGGAGCAGGCCACCAGCCACCAUGAGCUAAGUGCCAUGGCAGAUUCCCUUGCAGUACACAGAGGAACUGAAGCCGCUCGCAAGAGUGCGCCCUCUGCUGGAGGGGUGAAGAAACCUCAUCUUUACUGGUCUGGUACUGUGGCACUCUGUGAAAUCAGAGGUUAUCAGAAGUCCACUGAACUUCUGAUUCACAAGCUCCCCUUCCAGCGUCUGGUGCGAGAAAUUGCUCAGGACUUCAAAACAGAUCUGCGCUUCCAGAGUGCAGCUAUUGGUGCUUUGCAGGAGACAAGUGAGGCCUAUCUGGUUGGCCUUUUUGAAGAUACCAACCUGUGUGCUAUCCAUGCCAAACGCUUAACAAUUACGCCAAAAGAUAUCCAGCUAGCACACCGCAUAUGCGGAGAACGUGCUUAAGAGUCCACUAUGAGGGGAAACAUUUCAUUCUCAAAAAAAUUUUUUUCUCUUCUUCCUGUUAUCAGUAGUUCUGAAUGUUAGAUAUUUUUUUCCAUGGGGUCAAAAGGUACCUAAGUAUAUGAUUGCGAGUGGAAAAAUAAGGGACAGAAAUCAGGUAUUGGCAGUUUUUCCAUUUUCCUUUGUGUGUGAAUUUUUAAUAUAAAUGCAAGAUGUAAAGCAUUAAUGCAAGCAAAAUGUUUCAGUGAACACAUUUCAACAGUUCAACUUUAUAACAAUUAUAAAUAAACCUGUUAAAAUUUUCUGGACAAUGCCAGCAUUUGGAUUUUUUUAAAAUAAGUAAAUUUCUUAUUGACAGCAA